AUGGCGGUGGGGGCCCAUCACCCCCGAGUCUCCCCGCUGCCCCAGAGUGAGAGCCCCCGUGACCUGCGCCCGGGCUCAGCCGCCCCGUCCCAGCCUCGCAAGCUGGGAGCUUGUCCGGGCAGAGAAAGCCGAGACCCCUCGAUUCCACCAGAGCAGGGCGAGACAGGCGUGCACGAGGCAAGGCUGUCCUCUGCAAAGAUCCAGAUCGACUACAACGAUCUGACCGCCCUGGCCGUCACCAAGCCCCGCGUCAUGGUGGCCAGACGCUGGCCCGCAGCUAUGGUCCCGCUUUCCCUGGCCGGCCAGCGGGACGCGGCCUUAUCGCCGCUGCUGCACCGGGACCGAACAGGUGAUAAUGGGGGCCGCGGCCGCUGCAGAACUUUCCACAGAGGUCCGCCUCCUGAUAACGCAGAGGCCGAGAUCCUGUUUGGCCUGGCCCGCCGGCAGCAGCGAUUACAGGGCUGCUGCACUGGUGGCAGCGGCAAGACGGCCCAGGCCCAGCAGCGGGAGGGGCCGCGUCCUGCCGUGUCCCGCCGCACCUGCCUUCUCCACGCGGGUGGCACCAUGCUUGCGCCCGGGCGGCGGCUGCUGCUGCUGCUGCUGUCCUGCGGGGGGGCCCUGCUCGGCGCUGGGCUGGACGGCGCCUCUUCCACCAGCCCGGGCCCCUGGAGGCUGGAGGACUCUCCGCAGAUAGACCCCGACAAGGGCUGGUGCUCCACGUGGGGCGCCGGCCACUUCUCCACCUUCGACCACCACGCCUAUGACUUCUGGGGGACCUGCAACCACGUCUUCGCGGCCACCUGCAAGGACGGCGCCCCCACCUUCAGCGUCCAGCUGCGGCGGGGGCCAGACGGGAACAUCUCCCGGGUCAUCGUGGAGCUGGGGACGUCUGUGGUCACCAUGAGCGGGACGACCGUCUCGGUCAAGGACGUCGGAGCCGUCAGCCUGCCCUACACCAGCCACGGGCUGCAGGUCACGCCCUUCGGCCGGAGUGUGCGGCUGGUGGUCAAGCAGCUGGAGCUGGAGCUGGAGGUCCUGUGGGGCCCCGGCGCCCACCUCAUGGUCCUGGUGGAGAGGAAGCACGGCGGCCGGCUGUGUGGGCUGUGCGGGGACUUCGACGGGAACGCGACCAACGAGUUCCUGAGCGAGGAGGAGGGAAAACUCCUGGAACCCCAUGAGUUCGCCGCGCUGCAGAAGCUGGACGACCCCAACGAGAUCUGCGCCUACGAGGCCGUGGCCAGGCCCCCCAUCCCGCAGGCCGAGCACGCCCGGACCUGCAGCCGCCUGUUGGCCCUGGUGUCCCCCGAGUGCACCGUGCCCAGGGAGCCCUUCGUGCGGAGCUGCCAGGCGGACAUGGCCACCGCCGCCCGGCCGGGCCAGAACAGCAGCUGCGCCACGCUGUCCGAGUACUCACGCCGCUGCAGCAUGGCCGGCCAGCCCGUCAGCAACUGGCGGGGCCCUGGCCUCUGCUCCCUCGGCCCGUGCCCGGCCACCCAGGUGUACCGAGAGUGCGGCGCGGCCUGCGCCAGGACCUGCUCCAACCCGCAGCACCGCUGCUCCGGCUUCUGCGCCUUCGGCUGCUUCUGCCCGAAAGGCACGGUGCUUAACGACCUCUCCCAAAACCACACCUGCGUGCCCGUGGCUCAGUGCCCCUGCGUGCUCAACGGGGCCCUGUACGCCCCCGGGGAGGUCAGCGCCACCCCCUGCAGAACCUGCCGCUGCACCUCGGGCCGCUGGACCUGCGUGGAGCAGCCGUGCCCCGGCCACUGCUCCCUGGAAGGCGGCUCCUUCGUCACCACGUUCGACGCCAGGCCCUACCGCUUCCACGGCACCUGCACCUACAUCCUGCUCCAGAGCCCCCAGCUCCCCGACGGGGGCACCCUCCUGGCCGUGUACGACAAGUCCGGGCACUCGCACUCGGAGACCUCGCUGGCCGCUGUCAUCUACCUGUCCGGACAGGACAAAAUUGUGAUCUCUCAGGACGAGCUGAUCACCAACCACGGAGACGCCAAGUGGCUGCCCUACAAGACCGGCAACAUCACCGUCUUCAGGCAGACCUCCACCCACCUCCAGGUGGCCACCACCUUCGGGCUGGAGCUCGUGGUCCAGCUGCAGCCCAUCUUCCAGGUGUACGUCACCGUUGGGCCUCAAUUCCGAGGCCAGACCAGAGGGCUCUGCGGCAACUUCAACGGGGACACGACUGACGACUUCACGUCCAGCGUGGGCAUCGCCGAGGGCACCGCCUCGCUCUUCGUGGACUCCUGGCGGGCGGGGAACUGCCCGGCCGCGCUGGAGCGCGAGACUGACCCCUGCUCCAUGAGCCAGCUCAACAAGGUGUGUGCGGAGACCCACUGCUCAGUGCUGCUGAAGAAGGGCACGGUGUUCGAGAGGUGCCACGCCCUGGUGAACCCCACGCCCUUCUACAAGAGGUGCGUGUACCAGGCCUGCAACUACGAGGACACCUUCCCCCACAUCUGCGCCACUCUGGGCAGCUACGCCCACGCGUGUUCCUCGAGGGGCGUCCUUCUCCAGGGCUGGAGGAGCAGCGUGGACAACUGCACUGUCCCUUGCUCGGGCAACCGCACGUUCAGCUACGACAGCCGGGCCUGCGGCCGCACCUGCCUGUCACUGUCAGACCACGCAGCCGAGUGCCACGCCAGCGCGGUGCCCGUGGACGGCUGCAACUGCCCCGAGGGCACCUACCUGGACCACAGGGGCGAGUGUGUGCGCAAGGCCCAGUGCCCCUGCCUGGAGAGCGGCAAGCUGGUCCUGGCCGAGCAGUCCACCGUGGUCAACGGCGCCGUCUGCCACUGCGUGAACGGGCGGCUGAGCUGCCCUGCGCGGGCCCAGCUGUUCUCGGUUGCCUGCCCGGCCCCCAAGACGUUCAAGUCCUGCAACCAGUCCUCGGAGAACGAGUUCGGGGCGGCGUGCGCCCCCACGUGCCAGAUGCUGGCCACUGGCAUCGCCUGCGUGCCCACCAAGUGUGAGCCCGGCUGCGUCUGCGCCAAGGGCCUCUACGAGGACGCGGACGGGCAGUGCGUGCCCCCCGAGGAGUGCCCCUGCGAGUUCGCGGGCGUCUCCUACCCCGGGGGCACCGAGCUCCACGCGGACUGCAGGACCUGCACCUGCUCGAGAGGAAAGUGGACGUGCCAGGACAGCCCGCACUGCCCGUCCACCUGUGCCCUCUACGGGGAGGGCCACGUGGUCACCUUCGACGGCCAGCGCUUCGUGUUCGACGGCAACUGCGAGUACAUCCUGGCCACGGACGGCUGCGGCGCCAACGCCUCACAGCCCACCUUCAAGAUCCUGACAGAGAACGUCGUCUGCGGCAGGUCGGGGGUCACGUGCUCCCGGGCCGUCAAGAUCUUGCUGGGGGGCCUGUCCAUCGUGCUGGCCGACGGCAACUACACGGUCACAGGGGACGACCCCCUCGUGCACCUCCGCGUGCAGCCCAGCGCCCUGCACCUCGUCCUGGACAUCGGGGUCCCAGGGAGGUACAACCUGACGCUUGUGUGGAACAAGCACAUGACCGUCUUCAUCAAGAUCCUCCGCGCCUCCCAGGACGCCCUCUGCGGCUUGUGCGGCAACUACAACGGGAACAUGAAGGACGACUUCGAGACGCGCAGCCAGUACGUGGCCUCCAGCGAGCUGGAGUUCGUGAACUCGUGGAAGGAGAGUCCGCUGUGCGGGGACGUGAGCUUCCAGGUGGAGCCCUGCAGCCUCAACGCCUUCCGCCGCUCCUGGGCCGAGCGCAAGUGCAGCCUCAUCAACAGCCAGACCUUCGCGGCCUGCCACAGCAAGGUGUACCACAUGCCCUACUACGAGGCGUGUGUGCGGGACACGUGUGCGUGCGACACGGGUGGGGACUGCGAGUGCCUGUGCGACGCUGUGGCUGCCUACGCCAAGGCCUGCCUGGACAAGGGCGUCUGCGUGGACUGGAGGACCCCCACGUUCUGCCCUAUCUACUGUGAGUACUACAACACGCACAGGCAGCUGGGCGGCAGCAGCGAGUACCAGUACACGCAGAAAGCCAACUGCACGUGGCACUACCAGCCCUGCCUCUGCCCCGGCCGGCUAGACGGCAUCCCGGGCACCAACGUCGAAGGCUGCUACAACUGCUCCCACGACGAGUACUUCAACCACGAGGACGGGGCGUGUGUGCCCUGCGCACUGCCCGCCACGCCGCAGCCGCCCUCCACAGGAAGCCCGAGGCACAACCACGACCUGGACACCACAGAACACGGCGACAACACCAACCCCAACCAUGACUACCCGCCAGACGACGCCACUUCCCAGCCGGGAGACCAGCCGCCCUGCAACACCGACGAUCACUUCACAGACACAAACCUGGAAAUCCUCCACGCAAUGGACACCCACCGCCACACCAACUCCUCUUCAAGUACCAUCACCCCAAGUAUCACCACCAUCACCCCAAGAAUCACCACCAUCACAUCCAGACUUACCACCAUGACACCAGGAAUCACAACCAUCACGCCCAGACUAACCACACUCCCAACCGGGGAAGCCGGGGUCCACACCACCACAGGCACAAACAAUGGUCCACACACACCCCACACUACACUACCCCUAUCCACUGCCACAGUUUCCUUCACUCCACACUCCACGGGGCCUCCCAUGGGAAAUUCCUUCAAGACCACCAACUUCCACCCCACACCUCCAAACCCCGAGACCACACUCCCCACUCACACUCCACCUCUGUCCACCUCCAGUGUCACCCCUACAUCUCACCAAGGCAGCACCACAGCCCACUCACACACACCCACGUCCACCUCCACCCCAGGCUCAACGGCCACCACGCCUCCAACAACGUCUCUGAAGGCCACGGGGCCCACCCACACGCCCACACCAUUCACAGGGACCUCCCAAGCCCCGGCCUCCAUCAGCACAGCCAGAACCUCUACUUCCCAACACUCACAACCGUUAUCCCCAACCCACCACCAAGCCACCUCAUCUUUGGCUACCACCAUCACCCCCAGACUCACCACCAUCACCCCAAAACUGACCACAAUACCAACCGGGGUCCCCGAGGUCCACACCACCACGGGAACCAACACCGGUCCCCAAACGCCCCGAACCACACACUCACCACCCACCGCCCCAGUCUCCUCCACUCCACACUCCACGGGGCCUCCCACGGGAACAUCCUUCAAGACCACCAGCUCCCACCCCACACCUCCAAACCCCCAGACCACACUCCCCACUCACACUCUACCUCUGUCCACCUCAUCAGUCACACCUACGUCUCACCCAGGCAGCACCACAGCCCACUCACACACACCCACUUCCACCUCCACCCCAGGCUCAACGGCCACCACACCACCAACUACGUCACUGAAGGCCACGGGGCCCACCCACACGCCCACACCAUUCACAGGGACCUCCCAAGCCCCGGCCUCCUUCAGCACAGCCAGAACCACUACGUCCCAACACUCACAACCUUUCUCACCAACUCACCACCAGGACACCUUAUCUUCAGCUACCACCAUCACCCCCAGAUUCACCACGAUCACCCCGAAACUGACCACACUCCCAACUGGGGAACCUGGGGUCCACACAACGACAGGAAGCAACACCGGUCCACAAACGCCCCGAACCACACACUCACCACCCACCGCCCCAGUCUCCUCCACUUCACACUCCACGGGGCCUCCCUCGGACACAUCCUUCAAGACCACCAGCUCCCACCCCACACCUCCAAACCCCCAGACCACACUCCCCUCUCACACUCCACCUCUGUCCACCUCAUCAGUCACCCCUACGUCUCACCAAGGCAGCCCCACAGCCCACUCACACACACCCACUUCCACCUCCACCCCAGGAUCAUCGGCCACGACGCCUCCAACAACAUCUCUGAAGGCCACGGGGCCGAUCCACACGCCCACACCAUUCACAGGGACCUCCCAAGCCCCGGCCUCCAUCAGCACAGCCAGAACCUCAACCUCUCAGCACUCACAACCAUUCUCCCCAACCCAUCACCAAGUCACCUCAUCUUCAGCCACUACCAUCACCCCCAGACUAACAACCAUCACCCCGAAACUGACCACACUCCCAACUAGGGAACCUGGGGACCACACCACAAUGGGAACCAAUACCGGUCCACAAACGCUCCGAACCACACAUUCCUCACCCACCACCACAGUCUCUUCCACUCCACACUCCACGGGGCCUCCCUCGGGAACAUCCUUCAGGACCACCAGCUCCCACCCCACACCUCCCAACCCCCAGACCACACUCCCCUCUCACACUCCACCUCUGUCCACCUCAUCAGUCACCCCUACGCUCAACGGCCACCACGCCUCCAACUACGUCUCUGGAGGCCACGGGGCCCACUCACACGCCCACACCAUUUACAGGGACCUCCCAAGCCCCAGACUCCUUCAGCACAGCCAGAACCUCUACUUCCCAACACUCACAACCUUUCUCGCCAACUCACCACCAGGACACCUCAUCUUCGGCUACCACCAUCACCCCCAGAUUCACCACGAUCACCCCGAAACUGACCACACUCCCAACUGGGGAACCUGGGGUCCAUACAACGACAGGAAGCAACACCGGUUCACAAACGCCCCGAACCACACACUCACCACCCACCGCCCCACCACCACCAUCACCCCCAGACUCACCACACUCCCAACUGGGGAACACGGGGUCCACACCACCACGGGCACCAACAAUGGUCCACACACACCCCACACUACACUCCCCCUAUCCACUGCCACAGUCUCCUCCACUCCACACUCCACGGGGCCUCCCACGGGAACCUCCUUCAGGACCACCAGCUCCCACCCCACACCUCCAAACCCCCAGACCACACUCCCCACUCACACUCCACCUCUGUCCACCUCCAGUGUCACCCCUACGUCUCACCAAGGCAGCACCACAGCCCACUCACACACACCCACGUCCACCUCCACCCCAGGCUCAACGGCCACCACGCCUCCAACAACAUCUCUGAAGGCCACGGGGCCCACCCACACGCCCAAACCAUUCACAGGGACAUCCGAAGUCCCGGCCUCCUUCAGCACAGCCAGAACCUCCACCUCUCAGGACUCACAACCAUUCUCCCCAACUCACCACCAAGCCACCUCAUCUUCGGCUACCACCAUCACCCCCAGAUUCACCACCAUCACCCCAAAACUGACCACACUCCCAACCGGGGUCCCCGGGGUCCACACCACCACGGGAACCAACACCGGUCCACAAACGGCCCGAACCACACACUCCCCACCCACCGCCCCAGUCUCCUCCACUCCACACUCCACGGGGCCUCCAACGGGAACAUCCUUCAGGACCACCAGCUCCCACCCCACACCUCCAAACCCCCAGACCACACUCCCCACUCACACUCCACCUCUGUCCACCUCCUCCGUCACUCCUACGUCUCACCAAAGCAGCACCACAGCCCACUCACACACACCCACGUCCACCUCCACCCCAGGCUCAACGGCCACCACGCUUCCAACAACAUCUCUGAAGGCCACGGGGCCCACCCACACGCCCACACCAUUCACAGGGACCUCCCAAGCCCCGGCCUCCUUCAGCACAGCCAGAACCUCUACUUCCCAACACUCACAACCUUUCUCGCCAACUCACCACCAAGCCACCUCAUCUUCGGCUACCACCAUCACACCCAGAUUCACCACCAUCACCCCAAAACUGACCACACUCCCAACCCGGGUCCCCGGGGUCCACACUACCAUGGGUACCAACACAGGUCCACAAACGCCCCGAACAACACACUCCCCACCCACCGCCCCAGUCUCCUCCACUCCACACUCCACGGGGCCUCCCAUAAACACCUCCUUUAAGACCACCAGCUCCAUUCACACACCUCCAAACCCCCAGACCACACUCCCCACUCACACUCCACGCUUGAUCAUCGGCUACCAGACCUCCAACAACAUCUCUGGAGGCCCCGGGGCCCACCAACACGCCCACACCAUUCACAGGGACCUCCCAAGCCCCGGCCUCCUUCAGCACAGCCAGAACCUCUACUUCCCAACACUCACAACCCCACAGAACUCUAGCUGGCACCCUCCCUUUUCACCUUCUCCUUCCCCUGGUGCUCCGCUCCCCAGUGUUGCCACCACUGCUGUUUCCCCAGCAAAUCCUUCCCACUCCUCUCCACUGUCUCCCAGGACCAGCGCCCCGACCCUUGUGCCAACCAGCGGCUCGACCCUGUCUUCUGUGUCUCCUCAGGCCUCCUCCCCCCACCUUGCCACCUGGACAUCCUCCAUGUCUGCCGGCACAUCCUCCUCCGCCAUGUCUGCUCCUGUGAACACGCUCACUCUGAGCUCCAGCUCCCACGCCCCACUCUCCACCGUGUCCCUUACUACAUCUAAAUCUACUUCUACUUCCCGCCUCCCUUCCUCCCAUUCUGCCUCCACUGCUGCGAGGUCCUCCCCCUUGCCUGCUAGCACCCUCACUUUCACCCCCUCUGCUCCGUCCUUCAUGCCCACCCUGCCCGUGUCUCCCACAGAGUCCCACCGCCCAGCUUCCAACAUCACUGGUUUUCCUUCCACGCCCGGGACCACGGCCCACACCUUCACUUCCUCCACCCCCUCCUCUCAGGCCACGACCUUGCGUUUCACCUCUCUCUCCACCGAGGUCCCCACGACAGGCUCCCUGUCUUCCACCUUGGGCUUGACCGUAACCCCGAGUCCUCCAGCCACAUCCUUCACCACCAGGCACCCCAGCCCCACCCAGCUGCCCACGUCCACGCUCACAACCGGCUCCUUCCCUCCGCAAGGCAGCACAUCUGCCCCUGCCUCCUCCUCUCCUGGGGUCACUCCUCCACCCAGCACAUCUGGUAAGUGUCAUCUCUGCCGCCCAUCCCGCGGGCUUGGUGCCUGGCCUCCCCCUGGCCUCGGCUCUGCAUGCCUCACCUGCAGCGUGUGGGAACACCAGGAGGAGAUCACAUACAAGGGGUGCACAGCGAACGUGACCAUGACCCGCUGCGAGGGCGUCUGUGCUUCCUCUGCCAGCUUCAACAUCGACACCCAGCAGGUGGACGUCCAAUGCAGCUGCUGUCACCCGCUUGGCUCCUAUGAGCGGCAGCUCGAGCUGCCCUGCCUGGACCCCAGCGCACCCGGCCGGCAGCUUGUGCUCACCCUGCAGGUGUUCAGCAGCUGUGGGUGCGGCCCCCAGCGCUGCAGGGACUAGCAGGGACGCCGCUCGCUCUCCUGGGUGUGCAGGGCUGUGGGUUGAAAACAAGGACAAACACCGCCACCUCCCAGGCUUGUGCUGGCAGCCCCUCUCCUGGUCACAAAGUGCAGCCUUGGAAGAAGGGCCCUCGGACACGGCCUGCCUUGGCAGGAGGGUUUCUAGGCAGAGGCUGGAACCAGCCACGCUCCUGCAGACUCUGACCCAGCAGGCCAGGACGGGGCACACAGGGCACUCCUGGCCACACCCGCCCACCGUCCAAUUACCUCCCAGCCUCUGCUGGCAGCCACCCAACCCCACCGGGACCAGCCCCCCUCAAGGAACCCCUGGAGCAGACCCUGAGGCAGAUCAGGCGGGUGUGGAGGUGGCCCAGGCAGGGACAGGAGGGGCAAGAGGCUCAGGUACGCCCCGCACAGAGAAGAGGGGCUCCUCAGAGCCAGGCAGGGGCUGCUGCAAGCACCCAGGAGGAGACCAGGGCCGCCCACAAAGAUUACAAAUAAACAGGUUCUCGUCAAGGCAGAGAGGCUGGUCUCUGAGUGCUGCUUUCGCCACCUCCCAAGCCCCUCAGGAGUGAACCCAAUUCACAUCUGCACCCAUCGGCCACCAGGACCUGGGUGGCGGGGCUGGGAAGGGACACCAACCACCUCUGGCCCUGGGCCCCUCCCCUCCCUUGCCCAAGUCUGUCCCGAGAGUCUCCACUGAAGCCCACCGUCCUCUGGGGGCCCCGGUGUGCUCCUUGGAGCCCUUCCUGCACCGCGUGGGGGCAGGGCCAGUCGGAGGCUGCCCAGGCAGGGCCCCUGCACCGUGUGCGACUCCACAGGUUCCUUCCAGGAGGGGGCCCCGGGUGUUGCUCCCCACACACACUGCGGAGCAGGGCCUGUGGCCCAGACGCCUCAACCACGUGCCCAGAACCAGACAGGUGGAACAACACCAGGUCUUUCUGUGCCGCCGCCCGGGCAGCCCACAUGCUGGGAUGUCGCAGGCCGCCUGGGGCAGGCGACACUCUGGG